CACAAACAACAGACAGACAGAACGGGACUUGAACAAGCACAAGACGUUUCUCCUGUGAUACUGCUGCACUAAACAGUUACGCUGGAAUUUUCGGAGACCGACUCAGACAUGUCAUAUGUCUUCAUCAAUGACUCGUUGCAGACCAGUGUACCGUUACUGCAGGCUUGUGUCGAUGGGGACUUGAGUUUCGCUCGGCGUCUGCUGGAGGCUGGCUGCGACCCCAACAUCCGCAACCACAGGGGCCGCACAGGUCUGCAUUUGGCAGCAGCGAGAGGUAAUGUGGACAUCUGCCGAUUCCUGCACAAGUUUGGUGCAGAUCUGCUAGCCACCGACUAUCAGGGCAACACUGCACUGCACCUGUGUGGACAUGUGGACACCAUUCAGUUCCUGGUGUCCAAUGGGCUCAAAAUUGAUAUUUGUAACCACAAUGGGUCAACACCACUGGUGCUGGCUAAGAGGAGAGGGGUAAAUAAAGAUGCCAUUCGGUUGCUGGAAGGGCUGGAAGAGCAAGAGGUCAAGGGCUUCAACAGAGGAGCUCACUCCAAACUUGAAGCCAUGCAAAUGGCUGAGAGUGAGAGUGCGAUGGAGAGCCAUUCGCUGCUGAAUCCAAACCAGCAGAACAGUGAGGGUGUGCUGUCCAGCUUUCGCUCCACCUGGCAGGAGUUUGUGGAGGACUUGGGCUUCUGGAGGGUCCUGCUGCUGCUGGUGGUCAUCGCCCUUCUUUCUUUGGGCAUUGCUUACUAUGUUAGUGGCGUACUGCCUUUUUCUGCAAGUCAGCUGGAGUUGGUCCAUUGAG